AAUGAUAUUUUCUGUCCUUAUUUAAGGAAAUUUGUACUAGUAUUCUUUGACGGCAUACGAGUUUACAGCAACAGCUCCUAGCAGCAUCUUGUUCACCUGUGCCAGGCUGGGGACGUCAUGGCGGCAGUGGUGGACGAGGCCGCGGGCGUGGGCGCGGCGGCAAUGCUGGCAGAGGGGCUGCUGGACAGCCGCAGCAUGCUGCUCAUGUGGCGACAGGAGGGCUGCCCUGAGGAGAAUUUUCCUUCCGCCACAGCUGUUCCAGUAGCCAAUCCCCACAUGCCAUAUUUAGAUGAUGAAGAUGAUGUUGGGGUUCAGCAUUCACCAAAAAAGGGGGGCCGUAUCUCUUCUUCGCAGGUUAGUGAACCUGCUGCUGUUUCUGCUUCAAAUCCGGCGGCCCAUCUUGAGACAGAAUCUGCCCAGCCGUCGGAUGCUGCCCAGGUGCCGGAUGCUUCGACUCUCUCCACGACGGCAGGAGCUCAGAGCUCGCAGGCGUCCACUGAUCAUCCAGCCAGCAUCAUCCAGCCAGAGAUUCCAGCCGUCCAGCCGGUCCCUUCCCGUGCUGAAUCCUCGUCUGUUUUGGGACGCGGUCAUCGUCAACGAACACCAAAUGUACGGCUCACGGAUUAUCAAACGUAUGCCGUCACACAUGAGGUCUCCAAUGAUGUUUCUGAUUGCAGGGCCGUUUGUUUGUUCCUCAGUCCUCACAGUUCUCCAAUAUGGGCCAAAUUGAUCGAAGAGGGUCACCUCACGCCAUCUGGUGGCCAUGGAGGGUUCCUCAAGACAUUGAAGCGGCUUACUGAGUUAGAUGGGGACGUAGCCAUCAUAUUGGAGCAGCUUCGGCUAAGCAAAGACAUUGCACUUGUGGAAGACAAGUUGCAGGAAGCUAGGUUAAGGGCAGAGUUUGGUCACAUAUCCAACCGUUUUGCUGAUGCCAAAAUCAAGUACAAAACUUUGGUGGAGCAGCUUAUGGUUGAUCCUGACAGCUUGGAGCUUGUCCGGUUGGUGAACGAGCAGAGAAGAAUCACCAACUUUCUGAUUGAAGUGGAAUUGGCAUUCUACAAACAAAAGGCCAAGUGUGACUUCCUUACCAAAGGGGACAGGUGCACCAAAUACUUCUACUCUGUGGUGAAAAAGAAGCGGAGUACCAAUUCCAUUCCCUUCAUGGUACGUAGUGAUGGAACCAAAACCACAUGUCACAGUGAGGUUGUAGAUUCCUUUGUUGAUUUCUUUCGCGGCCUCUUUGGUACGGGAAUUCAAGUUGAACCAAUCUCCAGCGAGGUGUUGCCCUCAGGUUCACUGGUACCGGUCAGUUCUUGGGUUGCUCUUCUUGCUCCAAUUACCAUUAAAGAGGUCGAGGAGGUUGUUUUUAGUAUUGGGGAUGACAAAGCCCCUGGUCCCGAUGGAUUUAGUGCUGGUUUCUUCAAAUCCCAGUGGCAACUGGUUGGCCCUGAUCUGUUUGAGGCAGUGGCUGAAUUUUUCCAUCAUGGAAAACUCCUCAAGCAACUCAAUCAUGUUGUCAUUGCACUUAUCCCCAAAACCACUCAUAACCCAUCUGUGAAAGACUUUAGGCAUAUUGCCUGUUUGAAUGUGAUCUAUAAAGUUAUCACCAAAACCCUUGCUCAAAGAAUGGCUCCAUUGUUGCCAAACUUGAUUGACCCGGCUCAGGGAGCGUUUGUGGAGGGUAGGUCAUCAUUGAUUGACAACGCCAAGGAUGGCACGUUCCAUUACCAUCCGGAUUGUGCUACCUUGGGCAUUACGCACUUGGCUUUCGCGGAUGAUAUUAUGCUUUUCUCCAAGAGGGAUUUUACUUCGGUCACAACUUUAAUGGAGGUUUUGAAUCAUUUCUCUGCCGUCUAUGGUCUUCAUCUCAGCCCCACCAAAUCCAACAUUUUCAUUGCCGGGAGGGAUAGAGACCGAAGUGAAGACAUAAUUAGCCUUGUUCAUUUUCCAGUGGGGCAGCUCCCUGUGCGCUAUUUAGGGCUGCCCUUGGCGUCCCAAAGGCUCACCGAAUCUGAUUUUGCCCCAUUGAUCAACAAAAUUGAUAACUAAUUACGUGGUUGGAGCACCAACAAGCUUUCUUAUGCCGGGCGUGUUGAACUCUUGAGGGCAGUCAUCCAAGGGACCGAAUCCUUCUGGCUUCAAGCACUUCCUACGCAAAAAGUUGUACUCAAUAGAAUCGCAGGCCCGUGCCGUGACUUCCUAUGGGCCAGUAAGUUUGCUAAGGUUGCCUGGGUUGACAUAUGCAAGCCCAAAACCGAAGGGGGACUAGGGCUUAAAGAGCCAGUCAUGUGGAACAAUGCUUUGCUUUAAUUUGUAAAGUCUUGUGGAACAUUGCCAACAAAAAAGACUCUCUAUGGGU